AUGGAUCGAUACCGCGUGAUCAAGCAGCUGGGAGAUGGCACGUACGGGGAAGUCUUGAAGGCUUCCAACAAGGCCACAGGAGAGAUAGUGGCUGUGAAGCGAAUGAAACGGAAGUAUCGCUCAUGGGAGGAGUGCAUAGCGCUGAAGGAGGUGAAGGUGCUUCGCAAGAUGAAGCACCCUAACAUCGUCCGGCUCAAGGAAGUGAUCAAGGAGAACGACAUCCUCUACUUCGUGUUUGAGUUCCUCGACCAGAACCUGUACGAGCUGAGCAAGAAUCGGAGGAAGGCCUUCCCGGAAUGCGCGAUAAGGAACUACAUGUUUCACGUGCUCCAGGGGCUCAGCUACAUGCACAAGUGCGGCUACUACCACCGCGACAUCAAACCCGAGAACAUCCUCGUAUGCGGGGACAUCGCUAAAGUAGCUGACUUCGGCCUUGCCAAAGAGAUUCACUCGCGCCCCCCCCAGACGGACUAUGUCUCUACCCGAUGGUACCGCGCUCCUGAAGUCCUCCUACGGAGCCCGAGCUACAACGCUCCCAUCGACGUCUGGGCAGUGGGCUGCAUGAUGGUGGAGCUGAUGAUGCUGCGUCCCCUGUUCCCCGGCUCCUCGGAGGCGGACGUUCUCUUCAAGAUCUGUACCGUCCUGGGGACCCCGACGGCAGAGACAUGGAGAGAUGGGAUCAAACAAGCGUCCAUGAUCAACUAUCGGUUUCCCAAGCUCAGCCCAGCCCCCCUCCAAAGUAUUGUCCAGCAUGCAAGUCAGGAGUCGCUCGCCGUCAUCGCCGACAUGCUCCUCUGGGAUCCCUCGCAGCGACCGACUUGCUCUGAGUGCCUGCAGUAUCCCUUCUUCCGUCUCCGGUACGGCCAAACGCCGACGUCGACGAGCUGA